AUGGAACAACGAUCUUCGGAAACCCCAUCUAGCGUGGAGAGCUUUUCCGACGCGGAAAGCUGGGAUCUCCUUGACAGCUCAAGUGAUGAAUCGGCUGAAGCUUCGGUAAAUCCAAAGCAAACUCCAUCGACAAGUUCAUCAAUCUAUCUUAAAGUGACAUCUCAGGGGGAAAUUCAAGAAUGUGAUGUGAGUGAGGAGAAACAGCGACCGCAACCAGAGGACAACACUCUACCACUGCCCAAAUCUCAGGCGCCAGAAUUAACUGGGAUGCAGGGACACAAUAAUAGUUCUAAUCAGCCUGAUCCUGCUUCAUUCUGUAAUUUUGAAAUGAGCCUAGAUAAGGUGAUUGAAGCUGCGUUGAAUCGAAUGUCAACUUCAUCGACAACUGCGUUGGAUAAUAUAAUGGCGACAUGGAAUGGGAGCGUUAAAGAAUUUAAUGUGGAUAUGGAGGAACUGCAACUGCGACCAGAGAACAGCACUAUGCCACCACCAAUGCAUCAGGCGCCACAAUUUCCUGGAAUGGAGAUGCUCAAGGGUAGUUCAUAUCAGCCUGUUCCUGCUACAUAG